UUCAAUGCGGGUUCCGAUUUACUGAGAAGUUAUCUGAAAUAAGUUCGCAAAACUUAUCGUUUUCCCAAUGAGCGCGUUUCUGGUGAGACUCGAUUAUGGUCUUCGCGAUCUCCAAUACAUGGAAUUGGAGCGAAGUGGUCGAAUUGACGGGUGUUCAAACGGAUACGAGAAGAAUCCGAGGAUAACCGUCGCAUGUUAUGUUGAACGCUCGGAAAGAGAGGGAAUUAAUGCGAGAACGCGGUUUCGGCUGCAUGUCCACAAAAAGGCAAAUGGGGCAAAAAUUGGAACACCCUGUACGAAGCAUCUUAGCUUGGAGAAAAUCUUCUCCAUUGAAGAGGAUCCAAGUGGAUCAUUCGUACUAACCCCGGUUCCAACACUGGAACAUCGCUUCAGCUUCUUGAUAUGCAUCAAUGGUGAUGUUCUGGAUUCUGAUGUGAAACCCGUGUGUGUUUUAAAGCAUGGAGAUGUCAUCGAGGGCAAGUUCCCUAAAAUUCUGCAUGACUCACAGGACGAUUUGUCUUCAUUCGCUGAGGAUUACCUUCAAUUGUCCUCCCGAUUGGAGCAGCUUAUUGUGUUCACCAGUGACCUGUGCAUUCCGUAA